AAUAGCAGCAAUUGGAUGAAUACAUAAUGAUGGCAUCCAUAGAAAUAGAGCUGAGGUCUCAUUUGAUGAGCUACUCCGCAGGAUAUUAUCAUUGCACACAGUCAAACAAGAUGUUUCUUCCAUUACAAGUAGUUUCUAGACUCGACUUUUAGGACGCACCACUCGGACCUCUGUGUGUUUGAGGAAACAGGAGUCAUGGGUAGCUUAGGAGAGGAAGAGCUGGUUCAGAUGGUCAGAGACUUCAUUGAAUCAGAAUCACCCUCACCCUUUUCCCUUCCCUCUUCUCCCUCCAACUCUGUAAAUCAUGACAACUCAACAACUCUCACUUUACAGGAGAUUCUUUGGAGGGCCACAGGCGAUGAGGUUGAAGUUCUUGAUAAAAUCUUGAUGUAUGUGAGCAGUGUGGGAAAUGCGGGGGAUGCUGCUACCAAUCUGCAGAAGUGGGUGGUCAUGAGAUUGAAAAUGGAUGGUUUUGAAGCUUCCCUUUGUAAAACUUCACGGAGGACUGCCACUGGAGGUUUUCAAUUUGCAGGUGGGUAUGAGUAUAUUGAAGUAAUGUUAAAGGCCGCCGUUAAUGGUGUCAAAGCAACAAGGUUGAUAGUUGAUAUGGACUUCAGGUCUCAGUUUGAGUUGGCUAGGCCUACACCAACAUACACAGACCUCAUCAACACACUCCCGUCCAUCUUUGUUGGGAACGAAGAGAAGCUCAACAAGAUAAUCUCUCUCCUAUGCGCAGCUGCAAAACAAUCACUGAAAGAGAGGGGCCUCCACAUCCCACCAUGGAGAAAAGCCAACCACAUGCAAUCAAAGUGGCUCUCUGAAAAUUGCAAGAAGGUCCCCAUAUUCCCUGCACCCAAAUCCAACACAGAAGUUGGUGGCAUGGACAAAUGGGAAUCCAAAGCCCCACAGUGCUCCUCCAAAUUUAGCAAAUGGGUACCUCCAGUUGUGAAGCCUAGGACAAGGGGCAUGGAUGGGGGUGGGUCUGCUUUGUCUAGUCAAUUCUCUAACAUGGGUAUCAACUGCUGCUAGAUUUGGAAGAGGGCUCCAAAUUUCAACUUUUUGUCAGUUGACUGACGCCUUUCUCCUCAUGUUUUGGUUAUCAUUUUGGUAACAAAUGGCAAUCAUAGUCUUUGUGUUCAUUCAUCCCUUUUUGUAUUUUGGUUAAGGAGUCAGCAAAUAUAUGAAUCUAUGUUUUCGGAGGUGGCCCCUUUUCCACAAAAUUCAAACUUGGAGUUUGGAGUAAAACUGAUGUGGGAAAUGAUGAUCAAUCUGGGGGACUUGUCAAAUCUUCAACAUUAUGGCAAUCUUCCCUCAUGAAAAUUAAUACAAGAGUGUAUUUUCACUGA